AUGGGUCCAUCCUUGGUGCUACCGAGUCUUGGGUCCAAGUGGAAUUAUCUUUUAUCUUUUAUCACAUUGGACGAGUUGUUCUUGCUUAGCGGGGUAUUCAACAUAGGGGAUUGGAUACCAUGGCUUAAAUUUUUAGACUUGCAAGGGUAUGUAAAGCGAAUGAAGGCCUUAACGAAAAAAUUGGACCGGUUUUAUGAGUUCGUGCUCGAUGAACACAAGACAAAGAAGGAAGGAGUGGAGGAAUUUGUGUCAGAGGGUAUGGUGGAUUUACUGUUGCUACUGGUUGAUGACCCUAAUGAUCUUGAAGUUAAGCUCACUUAUGACAGUGUCAAGGCUAUCACUCAGGACUCAGUAGCAGGACGCACUGAUACUUCUGCAACCACUUUGGAGUGGGCAAUGUCUGAACUCAUAAAACAACCAAACCUCAUCGAAAAGGCCACCGAAGAGCUCGAUAGAGUGAUUGGAAGAGAGAGGUGGGUAGAAGAGGAAGACCUCGAAAACCUUCCUUAUAUAGAUGCUAUUAUGAAAGAGGCAAUGAGGAAGCACCCUGUAAUUGUAUUCCUACCACAUUUAGCUCUUGAGGAUUGCAAUGUGGCAGGUUAUGAUGUUUGUAAAGGAACUCUAGUGCUUGUGAACAUAUGGAGCAUGGGGAGAGAUCCCACGCUGUGGGAUGCACCAGAUGAGUUUAGGCCUGAGAGGUUCUUAGGGAAGGCAAUUGAUGUGAAGGGACAGAGUUUUGAGUUCUUGCCAUUUGGUUCAGGAAGGAGGAUGUGCCCUGGUUAUGGUCUUGGACUGAAAGUGAUAAGGUCUUGCUUGGCCAACAUGUUACAUGGGUUCAGUUGGAAAUUGUCUGAGAACGUGAAAAAAGAAGAUUUGGGCAUGGAGGAAGUUUAUGGAUUGUUAACACCUCGGAAGUUUCCACUUGUUGCCGUAGUUGAACCUCGGCUACCAAUCCAUCUUUACUAGUG